ACGGCAAAACAUACGAACAGGAAGAGAGUAGAUACGCUUAUCUUGUACUGGAGAAAUAGGAAACUGAAAGUCGAAGACACAUAGUUUAGUGUGACUCAGUAACUAGACAAAGCAAUCAUAAAAGAACGCAAAUGAUAGAAUAUCUGUUUGACAGAGACAGACACAUUUUUUAAUCCUCUAAGUGUACUAAUGGUUAAAUAAUUCCUGGCAGAUAUCUAGAAUGCUGUAAAAUAUAUUAGGGGUAAAGUUAAAAAUGCUUAAUGAAUAAUCAUAUAUUCCGAAAUAUUUAUUAGGAUUUAAUUAAAAGGACGAGGGAAAAAUCAAACAAUUGUAAAUAAUACAAAGCAUAAUAUUCUCGACCUCAGAAGACAGUAGUGGAGAAGAAGCUGAUGACAGAGGAGAUUUGAAUGAAAUGUAUCUUCUUUGUGGACUAAAAGUAUGUAUUUGUUACUGGACUACGACAUUCAAAAACUACGCAAACCUGCUGUAAAACCAAGGCUUUAUAGACUGAUCGCUUCAAUAUCAAUUCGCCAAUUUUAACCUGAUGUUUACCUCAUCUUCUACUUGAAGAGUGUACACUUUUUAUUCUGUGUGGAUUUUAAUAUACAAUUAUAGCAAUGACGACCACUGAGUUUCUGUCGCUGAAUUUUACAACAGAAAACGAUACUGAAGCCCAUUAUGUUUCAGACACAUUUAUGAGUCCCAUGCUGAAACGUAAGGCUGUCUUGCAUUUCGCCACGCUUUGCGUUAUUGUUUUGAGCAUUGUUGGCAUGUGUGGUAACUUGCUGACUACCGUUGCUCUGGUGAAGUGUCCACGUGUUCGCAGUGCUACUGCUGUCUUUAUUGUUAGUCUAAGUAUUUCUGACUUCCUGUACAAUGCUGUUAGCUUUCCUUUCAGUGCUUCAGACUAUAUUCUUCAAAAAUGGAUUUACGGUGAUGCCUUGUGUGUCUUUUAUCCAUUUACACAGUAUCUUAAUGGUGGUUUGUCUCUGUUGUUUGUCACCGCAAUUGCCAUAAACCGUUACGUUCUUAUUGCCCAUCAAGGUCUAUAUGAGAAGAUUUACCAAAAGCGUAACAUUGCAAUGAUGAUUGUUGGAAUUUGUUUGUUUGCUUUCAUCAUGCUCUUACCUACAUUAAUUGGCGCCUGGGGGCGCUUUGGUUACGACAAAAAUAUCUUGACAUGCACUAUUUUAGAGGUUGACGGUCGAUCAUCUAAGGCAUUCCUUUUUAUCUUUGGAUUUGUUAUCCCCUGCAUAACUAUUGUGGUUUGUUACGCUCGUAUCUUUUGUGUGGUGAAGAAGAGCUCAAGUCGUAUAAAGAUGUACAAGACUGUGGAGACCAAGGAGAAGAAAAGUGCCAGGGAUUCGAAGCGACGAGAAGAAGAAUGGCGUGUGACGAGAAUGGUCCUAAUCAUCUUUUGUUGUUUCUUGAUUUGUUACCUUCCUAAUACCAUUGUUAAAGUGAUAGACAAGCAGAAUAAAUACCCCGUUUUACACAUCUUGGUCUACAUCCUCAUAUAUGCAAGUGCCUCCAUCAACCCCAUUAUCUACGGUGUUACCAACAAACAGUAUCGACAGGCUUACAAAACAGUUCUGAUGUGUCGUCGACCGCGAAGACCGAGUUUCAGCAGUACUCCAAACGAACAUCCUGCAAACAAAAGUAGCACCUCCCAGUGUUUAAAAGAAGAUUCAGUCGUUGUUCAGGCAUAAACCAGCUUCAUUUUGCCUCAAUCCACGAAAAAUAAAACAAAAUUAAUGUUUUUGAAUUUACUAUACUUGAGAUUUGUGCUCAUAAAAGCAUGUAUUUCAAUAAAUCGGGAUUUAUUUUCA